UCGCGUUGACUCCUCCAGCUGAAGGAGAAGCCGGUGAGCAGCGUGUCCAGCUCAGAAAAUGUAUUACAAAUUCAGCGGGUUCACCCAGAGACUAACGGGCACAGUGCCGUCUACAGCCUACAGCCCACAGGGCUUGAGGCCUAAUGUACCCUCUGAGGCCCCUACUAUGAUUUUUGCCACCCCAACCAAAAUGGUUUCUGAGUCGGGAGCUUCUGUAGAGUACAUGGGUGCCAACAGGGUGCCUGACCUUCAGAAGAUAUUUCAGUCCUCAGAUGGGGUUCCAGUGCACCUUAAACGGGGUGUUCCUGAUCGGCUUCUGUACAGGACCACCAUGGCCCUGACAAUUGGAGGUGCUCUCUACUGCUUAGUGGCCCUCUACAUAGCUGCACAGCCCAAGAAUAAAUGAACACCACCCGCCCAGCCUCCCACAUCAGUAUUCAUGAACUUUACAGAUUGUAAUGUAUUACUGUAAUAUAUUUAUCAUCUCAGUGACGUUGGCAGUGGGAAGGACUCAACCUAUUUUUUUCACUCUUGGCGAACAGCUUUAAUAUAAAGGGACAUUUUUUGUUUUUAUUUUUUUAAUGCAUCAUCACUAAUCAGGUUUUGCAAGAUGUAUGUUACUGUACUGUGAAGUAUACAUAAAAUUGGUUUAAUUUAUUAAGAUUAAUUUAGUACAACAGCCUUUACCUCUGUUGAUCUCUCUGUCUGAAAUUCCAGCAUCCAUUAUUUAAAUUCUCUUUACACACAGUAGUGCUGUCCAGCCCAGGCUAGAUUUAAGCCUGAUGUUAUGUGGUGAUGUCAGUAAUGGAUUCUGGUCCAUUUGAGACUGCCGAGGGUUCUGGCAGGUAGGAUAGAGGGCAGAAGGGUUGGGUCGCGUCUUGCAGCAGUGUUGGUCAGUGCUGCAUUGUAAUGCACUUAUAAGCUUAGGUAUUUUCACUGUGAAUCACAGUACUUCAUAAAGUGACUAUGUUAAAUGAAAGGUAAAUUUUAUGUAUAAUAAGUGCAAAAGUCACCGCUGACUGCUUUUUAGGAACGUUCACUAAUUGUAGAGAAGAGAUCUGAUCUGAGCAUAUCCUGGGGUAACACCAUCUGGCAUCAUGUGCUUCUGUGGCUCGAUCAUGUUAAAUUUUGAUGUGAUUUCACACUAUAUUUAGUGUGCUUUAGGUCCUCCGAUGCUGUUACCCUUCUCACAUUUGCUGAAGCAGUGAUGCUUUUACAGCUGGCACUUGUUUUAGAGGCAGUCUGGUCUCUCACAUGGAGCUUGUUUGGGAUCUGUAGAGAUGUAUGUUUAAUUUACAAAAGCAAUAAUAAAUAUGAAAAAAAAUGAAAAAGUGGCCAGUUUUUGUCCUCAGCAGUUUCAAUGCUUUAGGUUUCCAUACACUUGCUUGAGUUAGGUAAUUAACUGUUUAAAUCCUAAAGACUUGUAUGUCAAUCCAUGUUUUAGUUCCUCACUCUUAUGAC